CCAGCGGGGAGAUGAUGUCGGUUACAACACCUGGGACAAACCCGUGAGUGCUGGGGACACCCUGGCUGUUCCCCAGGAGGGGCCCAGCUCUCCCAGCAGUGUGGGCACAGCGGUGGCAGCAGAGGCAGCCCAGGACCUGCCCAGUCCAGCUCCUGCCCCGCUGAGUCCCACGGAGGCUGAGCCAGCAGCUCCUGCCCCAGAUGGAGCUGCUGAGGAGGAGGAGCCCCAGGAGCCUGUGGCUCCUGAGGAGACAAAGGCAGAAGGUUCUCCAAGCUUUGGGGAGCUGGUGCCAUCAGCAGGGACAGAGAGCCUGGUCCCUGCCCCACAGAGCCCCUCAGAGGGUAGCCAGGCCCUGCAGGUCACUGACCAGCAAAUCACCCCUGAGAUCCCGAGUGAGGCUGAGCUUGUGAUGCAGGGAUCUGAGCAGCAGCUGGAGGAACAGGGAGCCAUGGAACAAAGCACAGCUGCAGAAAUGCAAGAAACAGCAGCAGGGACACAAAGCCCAGUCCCUGCCCCACAGAGCCCCUCAGAGGGCAGCCAGACCCCGCUGGGCAGUGACCAGCAAAUCACCACUGAGAUCCUGACAAAGGCUGAGCUUGAGAUCCAGGGAUCUGAGCAGCAGCUGGAGGAACAGGGAGACAUGGAACAAAGCACAGCUGCAGAAACACAAGAAACAGCUGCAGGGAUAGAGAGUCCUGUCCCUGCCCCACAGAGCCCCUCAGAGGGCAGCCAGGCUCUGCUGGACAUGGCUGAGCUCAUGACCACUAAAAUCCUGAGUGAGGCUGAACUUGAGAUCCAGGGAUCUGAGCAGCAGCUGGAGGAACAGGAAGACCUGGAACAAAGCACGGGUGCAGAAAUGCAAGAAAGAGCAUCACGGAUAGAGAGCCCAGUCCCUGCUCCACAGAGCCCCUCAGAGGGCAGUCAGGUCCUGCUGGACAUGGCCGAGCUCAUUGCCACUGAGAUCCUGAAGAAGGCUGAGCUUGAGAUCCAGGGAUUUGACCAGCAGCUGGAGGAACAGGGAGACCUGGAACAAACCAGGGCUACAGGAAUGUUAACAACAGGGACCGCAGACAGGCCGGAGAGCCUGGACUCCCUCCCACACAGCCCCUGCUGCCUCUCCUCCCCUGUGUUCACCUAUGUGGAACCCAAGGCCCUCAGUGGGCAGCAGGUGGCGGGAGAAGGGGAGACAGUCCUGGCAGUCCAGGAAACUGAGGAGGGGGCGUUUGCCGAGGAUGAGAACAACUGGAAAUUCUAUGACGAGCUGGAGCUUUGCAAGUGGCAGGAAGAGAAAGAAGUCGAUACCUACCAGUGGGAAGACGGCAUCGACCAAGAGCUUUCCCAGGAGGAAGACUGCAUUGGCCAAGAGUUGUCUGAAGAGGAAGUUAAGAGACACUCAGAGCAGUCCCAGCGUGCAGAUGACAGUGACAGGGAGCUCUCACUGGAGAACUGCGAAUGUGUGACCGCCCACAACACUCAGGAGGAGGACGAGGAAGAGUUGGGUGUCCUGGAGCUGUCCCAAGGAGAAGGCACGGAACACAGGCUGGGAAUCCUUGUGGAAGAGGGGCUCCCGGUGCCUGUCCCUCGUGAGGCGUGGGCUGAGUGCCAGGUGCCCGCCCCAUGCUCAGUGGGGCCAGUCUGUGCAUCCACUCCCCAGAUGGAGGCCCAGGCCCCCCAAGGGGCUGCAGCUCCUCCCACCUUGGACAGGCAGGUGGCAGAGGCAGGGACACAGACCCAGGGCCCCCCUUGUUUCUGGCGGGUGCUCGGGGCUCUGCUCAGGCUGUUCCACGCCUGCAGGCCGGGACAGCCCCAGGAUUAGGCCCCGCUCCGGCGCCGGGCCAGGCCUGGACAGAGCAGCUGGCCUGGAGCCUGCCCCGCACCCCAAGGGCACUGCGUGCACAUGUUCCUGCAGGAUGACCAACCCCUGGCUGCUUGGGAUCAGUCCAAGUGGAUCUCACCGAGACCAAACAGUUUCCAACGUGGCAGCACCAAACCGGCGCCGAUGGGGGACGGCUCGUGCCAGGGUGGCUCAGUGGGGAACCACAGGGAAUCCUCAAGGCUGGCAGAGACCUUCAGGAUCAUCCAGUGCCACCGUCCCCCAGCACUACCAGAAUCACCCCGAGGGCCACAUCCCCGAGGGCCACAUCCAGGUGCUUCUCCAACACUUCCAGAGACACCACCGACCACCUUCUGACUCCACCACCGACCUGCGACACCUCCUCAAUUCUUGACUGCUCCUGCUGUUAGGAAUGAGCCAGCCCAGGACAUAUUGCUCCCAGAACCUCCCUGCAGGACUGCCACGUCCACAGCUAUUCCACAGCAAAUGAAAGUUGGCUAAAAUAAAUAAUUGUUAUAGCAAAUUAUUAAAAAACAAUAAAUUAAAAAUAAAAUAUAAUAAAGAACCCUAAAUGAUUUGACAUCAUAGUAAUUAUUAAUAUAUACUCCAGCAUAUAAUAUAUAUAUAAUUAUACCAUCUAUUAUAAUUACUUAUAAUAAUUAAAUCUUGCCUUAUAUUCCUUAAAAUAUUAUCACAGUUGCAAUGCGUUUGCCCAGGAAGUGACAAAGAAAAUAAAGACAGAACACUGCUCAAAUUACUUAA